AUGGGCAACGCCAAGCCUGCUGAGACCCCACAACCCAUGGGCAACGCCAAGCCUGCUGAGACCCCAAAACCCAUGGGUAACGCCAAGCCUGCUGAGACCCCGAAACCAGCUGGGAAAGAACUCAAGAAGGAGGUUAAGAAUGAUGUGAACUGUAAGAGGGGGCAUGCAGGAGCCACAGAUAAUGAGAACAGGUCAGAGAACCAAGGGACAGCCCCAACCUUCAAGGAGAAGCUACAAGAUGUCCGUGUGACAGAGGGCGAGAAGCUGCUACUCCAGUGUCAGGUGUCCUCUGACCCCCCAGCCACCAUCACCUGGACGCUGAAUGGAAAGACACUCAAGACCACCAAGUUCAUCAUCCUCUCCCAAGAAGGAAGGAUGAAGGGUGGGCAGCCGCCCGUCCCUGGGGCAUAUGCACAGUGUGAGGCCCAUGGCUACACCCACCUCAGGGAAACAGAUGUUCGACAGCUGAGGGCAGUGCCCAGAGCCACGCAGCUGCUGUGA